AUGAUAGUGUCUGUCCUCUUCUCACUCUUACGUCUACUUGUAUCAUCGGCUUUCGCCAAGUUGGCCAGCUGGCUCACUCGGAUUGAGCGGCACGUCGACGAUAGGAACUUCAUGACGUCGGAGGCUUCGAAGGUUAUCAUCUUUGAGGUCUUCAACGUGUUCGUGCCUCCCAUCUGGAUGGCCUUUGUCAUUUCUGACUUCAACCGCUUGAGCCGAGAGGUCACAGUUAUGUUCACCACUAGGCAGGUGGUGUCAGCACUCACUGAAGCGGUCCCUACUUUGCUGGCGCGGCUGAUGACGAAAAGGAAGCACUUGGCGCCACUCACAGCAGCCGCCCAGCACGAGCUCCCAGAGUGGGGACUUUGGCGUGAAUACUUAGAGAUGGCCAUCCAACUAGCUCAACUGGUUGCAUUCGGUCCUCUAUUCCCGAUUGCGUUCAUUCUCGCAUAUAUGAACAAUCUGGUGGAGUUCAGUCUUGAUGCUAUCAAGCUGAAUUCGAGUAGAAGACCAUAUCCACGAAAAGAGGCCAUGGGUUCCUUCUGGGCCAACGUGUUCAACGGUAUGGUCCUGUUUGGUGCAUCAAUCAACGUAUUCAUCCUCAUCGUCCAUUGUGAUACUCUUGCGGCGCUGGAUGCUUCCAUGGUCCACCGUCUAGGUGCGGGUAUAAUCCUGGAGAAGUUCUUCGUCGUUGUUCGCGUAUUCAUAGCAAUUGCCAUCCCUAAGCCCAACGAAUGGCAAGAAGAUGAAAGAGCUCCUUUGGCCGAGUCUACUGAGCUGGCUGAUAUUGUCGCUCAAGCGUCUGCCCAUCUAGAGAUCCCCUUCCCCCGAUGGAUGGCAAUUCUUCGCAACCGCAAGAGUUCCAGCAGUCGAAUGAAAUGUUCACUUCGUGCAUGGCAAAAUCACUCGACAGAUUAA